GAAAGAGACAGAUCGGAGGACUGAGGUGCAUGCGCAGUUGUGCUCUUGCUUCUUCUAGGGUUUGGACGUCUUGGCCGGUCGCUGCGCUUUUGAGUGAGGGCAGCGCUGAAGGGGAGGGGCCUGGGCUAAGCCCACCCUGUUCCCUUGGGGGAGGUGGUGAUGUCAGCUGAGGCAACAGCAGAUCAAGUCCCACCCCUGGAGAAUUGUGCUCCACUAGUCCUAACGCAACAGCAACGGGAUGGCGGGGGAGCAGUUGCCGGUGUGACCUUUGAUCUCAAACCCCUGAACCCCAGCAGCAAGUAUGUCAAGCUGAAUGUGGGAGGGUCCCUGCAUUACACCACAGUGCAAACCCUUACCAAGCAAGACACGAUGCUCAAGGCUAUGUUCAGCGGCAGGAUGGAGGUGCUGACGGAUAGUGAAGGUUGGAUCUUGAUUGACAGGAGUGGGCGCCAUUUUGGAACCAUCCUGAACUACUUGCGCGAUGGCUCUGUUUCUCUCCCUGAAUCCCAGCGGGAGCUGGAGGAAGUGUUGUCUGAGGCCCGCUACUACCUGAUUCAAGGCUUGGUUGAAGACUGUCAACUUGCCCUACAGCAAAAGAGCGAAGCCUUUGAUCCCCUCUGCCACAUCCCCAUGGUGACAUCUCCCAAGGAGGAGCAGCAGAUCAUCUCCAGCUGCUGCAAGCCUGUGGUGAAAUUGCUGCAUAACAGAAGUAAUAACAAGUAUUCCUAUACGAGUAACUCUGAUGACAACUUACUGAAGAAUAUUGAACUGUUUGACAAACUAGCUCUGCGGUUCAAUGGGCGGGUGCUCUUCAUCAAGGAUGUCCUUGGGGAUGAGAUCUGCUGCUGGUCCUUUUAUGGGCAAGGCCGCAAGAUAGCCGAAGUCUGCUGCACCUCCAUUGUCUAUGCCACCGAGAAGAAGCAGACCAAGGUGGAGUUCCCAGAGGCCCGGAUCUUUGAGGAAACCCUGAACAUCCUGAUCUACGAGACACCUCGAGUGCCUGACAAGGCCCUCCUGGAGGCAACCGGUGGGGUUGCGGGUGGGGGUGGAGGCCCCCUCCGUGCUGGUGACGAUGAGGAUGGGCGGGAGCAUCGUGUCCGGCGUAUUCAUGUCCGUCGACACAUCAUGCACGACGAACGACCCCAUGGCCACCAGGCGGUUUUCAAAGACUAAUCCUGCCUCACUGCUAGCGUCCUCACAACUCCAUCCAUUCAGUGCCAAAGGAGAACUUGUUUCCUCCUUUCGAUUUUUCACCCAAGCUCUUCCCUGUCAAUUUCACAUCCUCUCCAGCCUUUCUCUCCUUUGGGGCUUUCUUCCCUGCCCAUUUUCCUGUUCCUUGAAUUCACCUCCCUUGGCUCCCAACCUCUCUUUACAGUAACGGUUUCCACUUUGUCCUGCCUGCUAUUUUAUUGACACAUUCUUUCCAGAUGUUGCAUUUUCUUAAUGUUUGAAUCUUAAUCCUAAAUGCCUGACCUUCCAUUCCCCCCAUCAUAAUCUUCAAAAUGCCACCCAAACCUGGAUUGUGGUCCUUUAUUCACAGUUUCUUUGACCUGGAAUAAGUUUUCUUCCAGAUCUCAUAGCACCUGACUCUUCACUACUCUCUAAAAGUUAGUAUCCUGGGAACAACAUUCACACCAAAUAGCAAGCUAUACCAGUCAAAAUCCCAUGUUCCAUCUCAGUUUGAUGUUGGAUUUCUACCUUGCUGUCUAUAUUUUGGAAUGCAUUAUUGAGUUCUUGUUAACUUUCUCUUUCAGAGGUCAAGUACAAGGUCAUACCUAGAUAGGGGUGUAUCUUUUUUAAUAUGCUAACUCUCUCCAGUUUAGAAUCUCUGGAUUCUUUGACUUACAACCUUCACCUCACAAUAGAUUUUAUUUUAAAUCUCCACACACACCCCUCUUUGUUUCUGUUCAUCCAGUUUUAACCAUCUGGAUUUAUGAUGGAAACAGUCAUUUUAAAAUGGAAUAGCUAGAAUUGUAAAGCAUAUUCCAUUUGAGUAAUUGCUUUUUCUGGAUAAAUGGGAACUAGGCUUAAUUUCCUAUUAGCACUAGUGACUAAAUCCAGUUUCAAUUAAACCAGAAAAACAGUUUUGUGUCAGCCUUCCUACUAGCACAAGCAUUAACCUGAAGCAUCCAUGACAUCAGUUCUCUUGUUUGUUCAAAUCCUAGUAAAGAAGCUGGAUUCUGGCAUUUCCCCUGCUUUGGGUCAAAAACACAGUUCAGCAUGGAUUCUUUUAAGUGCAUGCCAUGAAAUCUGGAUCCUGGUUCAGUCUGAACUCUUUCCCUCUCACCACCUCAUUACAUAAAGUAUAACAGUGUAUUACAGUGUAUACUUCAGAAUAUAUAUGCUUCAAACCCACAAAUCUCAGACAAUGGAAUGUGUGGUCAACCUACUUGCCACAAUCCCAUGCAAAAUUUAAGUACAGAAUUUUGCCUCCUGUGUUUAUUCCCUUCUUUCAACAAACAGACUUGGAACUCUUGUCUCUCUCCUGGCCCUCCUCUUUUGUGCCCAGAAUGCUUUUCAUUUCCCUUUAGUUUUCCAUAAGAAUGGUACGCGAUCCACAAAAUCUUAUGAGGACAUUGCAACAGUCCCUUGAGCCAGCUCUUAAACAGAACUAGUUGGGAUACUCCUAAUGAUGGUAUGGGGAGAGGAAGGUGAGAUUGUAAUGAACCAUUGCAUUUUGUAAAAAUGCAGACUGGUGAAGGUAGUUUUACUGGGGAAAAGGUGGUGUGUUUCUCCUGCCCUCUUUUUUUUUUCCUGUAUUUCCUCCCCUCCCUGGAGGAGGCAAUCUUGCAUUAAUUAUUGUAAUUUUUUUGUAUUUGCAUAAUUUAUUUUAAAUUGUGUUUUUUUCUAUUAAAUUAUUGUGAUAAAGGUUCCUGCUUAAAAUGGAGUAAGCUUCUUAUUUUCGGCAUUGGAGAGAGAUGGGAAACUAUUUUCCAGAGAUUUCCCAUGUCUAGACAGACACCUACUAGGAUAUUCGGAGCAGCUUUUCUUGAUUAGGUCACCUUCCAGCAGCCCACGGGGUUGUACAUCUUAAGUAACUGUGGGUUUUAGAGAGGAAGUAUGUACCUAUACUUAGCAGUGUGUGGACCCUGCCAUUUGGCAGCCGCUCUGUUUUGCUACUGGCGAUGGCCUAUCCCAGGAGAGAAGUAAACGCUGUGUGUAGCUGUUCUUCCCUCCUGGUUCUGGGCUUCUCAGAACCUACGGGAUUUAUGUCUUCUCCAGUUCUCCCCUCCAGGGUAAUACAAGGCGCUGGUGGAUACUUUGGAUUGUCUGGGGAAGAGGAUGAGUGGAAAGUGCUACAUUUUAGGAAAUGGAAAUGCGGGAUCUAUUCUCACAGGGUUUGGCCAAGUGACCAAAUCCAGCCUUGCCCAAUUGCUAACUGUUGGCACCGCAUUUUAGAACAUACAGGGAAAUGGUAUGUGUUUCAAAGAUCUUCAUGAUUCAUUACUGUCCUAGAUAGAGAAUAAAGUUCACUUGGCAUCUUUU